AUGCCUCUUUCCGUGCAGCAUGUCCAACGGGACGAUCUCCCCCGAAUUCUCGACAUCUUCUGUGCUUCCAUGUCCUCAAUAAACCUCCUCGUCGCCACCGGCGACAUCCCCAAGCUUGACAACCUAGACGAAGCCUGCGCUGCCACCGCACGCAAACAUGCCAUCACCCGCUUUGCUGAGAUUCUCGAUAGCUACCCCAAAGCCCAUUUUCUGAAGGCCGUGGACGAUGAGAAUGGUGAUAUCGCGGCGUUUGCCAUCUGGUAUUUUUUUUCGGGGCCCGACGGCGUGGCGGAUUGGAAGACAUAUGUGGAGACCGGGGAACGGUUAAGAGUUCCUGUGGGGUGUGAUACAGAAGCAUACCGGUAUGGAUGGAGCAAGAUCCAUGAGAAGUAUCAGGAGGUUUUUGGUGAGGGGAGGGAGCAUUUUCACCUUGGACUCCUCGCUACCAAUCCGAGUCAUGAACGUCGCGGUGCCGGUUCCAAGCUCCUGGACUGGGCUCUUGAACAGGCCGAUGAGAAGGGUCUCGAAUGCCACCUCGAGGGCACACCUACCGGCUAUCCGUUAUAUAGCCGGAAGGGCUUUGUCGAUGCUUUUGGAAAGGGUAAAAGCCUCCUUGACAUUGAUGUCAGCAAGUACACGGGUAAAGAGGGAGACUUGGUGGAUUUAACGGCUAUGGUUCGGCCUCCUCAGAAGCAGUCAUAA